UUGUCUCUACAGUAUAAUAUACUCUGGUUUGUGGCUCUGGUUUCUCCUUCAUUGUCCAUUGCCGAAGGCGCACUCACAAGAAACCCUCUCUCUUGCAGUAUAUUCUGGAACCUUCUUCUAAACAUGGAGCGCAUCGUUGGCGGCAGCUACAAGCUCGGCCGCAAGAUCGGAAGUGGAUCCUUCGGUGAAAUUUACCUCGCUACGCAUAUUGAUACCUUCGAAAUCGUCGCCGUUAAAAUCGAGAAUAGUAAAACAAAGCAUCCACAAUUGCUUUACGAGGCCAAGCUCUACAAUAUUCUUCAAGGAGGAAGUGGCAUUCCAGGCUUAAAAUGGUUUGGCAUAGAUAGGGAGGAUAACGUGCUUGCGAUUGAUUUACUUGGGCCUAGUCUUGAAGAUCUUUUUGUUUACUGUGGAAGGAAGUUUUCGUUGAAGACUGUGUUAAUGUUAGCUGAUCAAAUGAUUACUAGAAUAGAAUAUGUGCAUUCCAAAGGAUAUUUGCAUAGGGAUAUUAAACCCGAUAACUUCCUCAUGGGACUUGGUCGGAAAGCCAACCAGGUUUACAUAAUUGAUUUUGGGCUAGCAAAACGGUAUCGGGAAUCUACAACCAAUCGCCACAUCCCUUACAGGGAGAACAAAAGCUUAACAGGGACUGCUCGAUAUGCAAGUUGCAAUACUCAUCUUGGGAUUGAGCAAAGUAGACGGGAUGAUUUGGAAUCACUAGGAUAUGUACUUCUGUACUUCCUUAGAGGAAGCCUUCCUUGGCAAGGUCUAAGGGCUGCAACAAAGAAACAGAAGUAUGAAAAAAUAUGUCAGAAGAAGGUAUCAACUCCUAUCGAGGUACUAUGCAAAUCUCAUCCAGUAGAGUUUGCUUCAUACUUCCAUUACUGCCACUCAUUGACAUUUGAUCAGCGGCCUGAUUAUGGAUUCUUGAAGCGCUUAUUUAGAGACCUAUUUGCUCGUGAAGGCCAUGAAUUUGAUUUCGUUUUUGAUUGGACCAUUUUAAAGUAUCAGCAAUCACAGAAGAAUUUAGUUCAGCCUUCCUUAUCUCCAGUUCCUGGUGCAAGUAACCGUCAUGCAGUCGCAAUGGAUGUUGACAAUCAUCAAGGGCAUGGGGAAGAGCGAAUUAGAUCAGGAAAUGCUACUGGUUCUGGUGUUAAAGUUCAGUUUAAAUCACCAGCCGGUAGAAACUUGAGUUCUGACAAUCCUCGUGACAAGAAUAUUUUUGGAGAAGCAAAUAUGGCCUCUGCUUCUUAUUCCCCUGCUGGUACUUCAAAAAGGAACCCCUUAAACCCUGCCUUGUCUGCUGAACCUUCCAACACUGGACAUGGGCAAGCCAGUAAAAUUGGACCUUCAAGUAGCUGGAUGUCAUCUCUGCAGCGCAUAUCUUCUUCCAAAUGAAUGUCAAGCAUGUAUUUCUAUUUCCAGGCUUGAAUCGUAUGAAAAUUCCCAGAAGAAUAGAUAUGUGAAGCUGCACACGUGGUUGGAUCGCAUCUUUCCCAGAGUGUUUGGUCAAGAAUAUUAAAGUGGUGUAUUCAUGGACAUGGAGACUGUGACCGUGCUGGAAGUUUGGCAAAUUGCAUAGCUCCUAUUUGAGGCGUCUACGCAUUGCUUCUUUCCUUAGGUGACUGACUACAAAAAAUUGCGAAGUAUGAAAUACAGACUAUCCAGGCUUGGGUCCCGGUGCUGUACAUAGAUGUCAAAUGUGGCACACAGCAUUGUGUAUUCGCGUUUCAUGUAACAUUAGUGUGUGAAGGAGCCCCUUUUCCUGUUAUGUUACUUGAUGAUCAUUAUCCAUGUGCCAUAUGAUAAGUGCCAACACAGCUUGGUUUAAAUAUUUUGAAUUGAUUGACAAUAUUAUUAAUUGCAAAUGUAUUUAUAGUUUUUUUUUUAGAGGAUCUUUUUAAAAAAAAAUAUCUAAUCACAGUUUUUGAUAGUCUUUGUUCCUCCUUUUACUUGUUCAUGUUUGCUGUCUAAAUAAGGAACAGUACACUUGCACUUUUACAGCUGGCGUAAUUUAUUAGAAUAAGAGAGAUCCAAACUGAAGGAGUUUCACAAUAUCAAUUGUUCUCAUUUAGACUAAUUUUCUUUAAUCACAUCAUCUGUCUUUCAUGAUGGUAAGUUGCAUUUUUUCUUGUUACUUACCAGGUUAGAAAUUACACUGGCAAUUAUGGUUGAAAGGUCACUGAAAUAAUGGUUUCUUGUGAGGUAUUGAAGGUAGUUCUUGGUGGCAUCAAUGCCACACUCACAUGAUAUCAUGAUUGUCUUUUAUUUGGGUGAUGGGAUGACUUAAUUAUCAAGAUCUGUAUCUCAUCAUUUAGAAGACAUCAUUUUGGUUUAAAAACUUGGAAGUUUUUAUUAAAAGAAAUAAAAACCUGUCCUGCCUAUGUCAAAAUUUCUAUUGAUAAGUUCUGCUUCAGAUUGUCUUUAAUCUUAUCAAGUUGGUUUAUGUUUUUUUCAAAUAUAAUUCUGAUGCUGGUUAAGUACUUUAUGUUUUUAUCAACAUGUUUUAAGUGUUCUAUUUUACUAUAACACUGAUGCUGAACAAGCACUUCUUUACUUGUAGGUAGCAAAAUUUGACACUUGCCCAGGUUAAUUUGUGAUGUCAUUGUAGGGAUGAAAGUGUAGAUUCUAGUUUUGUUUCAUGUGUGAUUCAAGGGCUUCCUUUUCCACCGAAUACUGAAGGAUGAAAAAUGUCAGAAAUUUGCCUUCUAUGGAUGCCACUAUCUAAGGAACAUACCCAUGAUGCUGCUGCUUCUGACGAAUAAGUCAGCGUAAGCAUUCUGGAUGAGAAUAGGCCAAGGAAAUAUUAAUAUUGGUAUAACUGAGAUUAUGAGUUAAUAUGACUUCAAUGGUUGUGCGAAAGUAGUCAUUGAUUUCAAUUGGAGAGAAAGGACCUAGUUAUGUUGCUUCAGUGUAAGAUUCUUGGAUUCUUUCUGGCUCAAAUGUUAAUCAUUUGGAUUGCAGCAGCAAUUGAUAAGUGGGGAAUGACUUGAUUUGUUUUUACUGGUUGCAAUAGCGUGCAAAGUAUCCCCUAUCUGAAAAAUUUGUAAAAUUCUUUGUGCUGAUAUAAGCUGUCCAUCCGAUACCUUUGAUAGUGGGGGCCAAAACAUUGAAUUCACAUUUUAUCAAUUUCCAAUUGAUGGUUCCACAAUCCCAUAUCCCUGCAUAUGGACGGACACACAUUAUAUUGUGAUCUCGAAGUGUUUUGAAUCUGUUGGAGAAGUUGAAGGUUGGUCUCAUGGAGUAUGAUGAGCUUUGGAUAUUUGAUGUCUGUUUGCUUGAGAAAGUCUUGCAGUUCGGAUUUUUCAAAUUUCUUCAGAACUAUUUCCACAUGGUGUGACAAGCUUGAACAUGAGUUGCCUAUGAUAUGAAUGUUGGUUCGACAAGGUCUUAUGGAUAGCAUAUAUUUUUCCAUUAUUCAAUCCUUGAGGUUACGAAAAGACAUGAUCUCUGAUCAGUGUUUUGUGCUGGUCUGGAUGGGUCUAAAAAAAUAAAUUAAAGUGCAGACCUCUCAAGAUAGCCUCCCGAGCAAGAUUUUAUUAUUCUCAAACCAUUCCACAUCCGUACGUUUGGAGGCAUUUGGCACCUAGGGUUGUUUUCACCAAUAUUUAUUCAAAAAAUGACAAAAAAAAAAGUUACGAGUGAUACUGAUGGCAUUAUGAUACUGGAAUACAACGACUGUAAAAGAUAGAAAAGUAAUUUAAAUUACCAAAAGACGUCAAUCAGUGCCUCUUGAAACGUAUGGUCAAAGUAAAUGCUAAUAUAAAUUUUGCGUGUAUGUUAAUGUUUGUGAAUCGUUACUCUGCACCUUUAAGAUUCCAUUUUUACCAA